CGCCACCUGUCUUACCUGGUGAAAGGUGAGGCGACGACAAGGCGCCACGCCCGCGGACAUUACUGUUGCUGUUGUUGUUCUUCUUCCACACGCAGAUAUUGUUAUUGUUGUUGUUGUUCCACACGCCGCCAUGACUGUUGGAACUCUUUGUCGGCUUCUCCUGCUUCUUGCUGCCCUACGCACCUGCUCGUGUGACACAGACGACCUGCGAGGGUGGACCGGCACCGAGACCGACAACGGUCUGCUGGUGGGCCCCCAGGUGGAGGAGGCUCUGACCAGCGGCCUGACCACCGUCUUCCUGCCGCUGGUCUACAUCGUGGUGUUCGUGGUGGGGCUGCCCGCCAACGCCAUGGCCAUCUGGGUGUUCCUGUUCCGCACCAAGAAGAAGCACCCGUCCUCCAUCUACAUGGCCAACCUGGCGCUGGCCGACCUGCUCUUCGUCAUCUGGGUCCCCCUGAAGAUCGCCUACCACUUCAACGGCAACAACUGGGUCUACGGCGAGGGCCUGUGCAAGGUUCUGGUGGCCUUCUUCUACGGGAACAUGUACUGCUCCAUGGCGUUCAUCGCCUGCAUCAGCGUGCAGCGCUACUGGGUGGUGGUGGACCCGCUGGCCCGGCGCCGGCGGGAGACCAGCGUGGCGUGCGCCGUCUGCGCCAGCAUCUGGGCGGCGGUGUGGCUCCUCACCGUUCCUCUCUACCUGUACGACCAGCAGGUCCACAUCGCCAACCUGGACAUCCUCACCUGCCACGACGUCACCCGCCCGGGUCAGAGGAAGAUGGCGGCGGGCUACUUUUUGACCAUGGGCACCGUGGGCUUUGUGUUGCCCGCCGCAAUUUGCGUGGUGACCUACGCGCUCAUGCUGCGGGCGCUGCGCAGCACCAUGGCGGACCCCACGGUGGGCAAGCAGCGGCGCAAGGCGGUGGUGCUGAUCGUGACCGUGGUGGUCAUGUUCCUGGUGUGCUUCACGCCCAGCAACCUCAUGCUGCUGGUGCACUACGUGCUGCUCCUCAACCAGGCCCGCAACAACAUGUACGCCUUCUACAUCACCUCCCUGUGCCUGGCCAGCCUCAACAGCUGCAUCGACCCCUUCGUCUACUACUACAUCUCCGACGACUUCCGCCAGCACGUCAAGAACACCUUCCUGUGCCGCAGCCAGCGCACCGUGGAGCGCAUGCGGGUCUCCUUCAGCGCCCUCAAGUUCUCCAAGAAGACCAACACUUACACCUCCAGUUCCGGGGGCAACACGGGAAGCUCGCAGUGUUAGCAUUAGCGGUGUUAGCAUUAGCGUUGUUGGCAUUGGGAGUGUUCGCAUUGGCGGUGUUAGCAAUAGCAAUGUUAGCAUUAGCAGUGCUAGCAUUAGGAGUGUUUGCAUUGACGGUGUUAGCAUUAGUGAUGUUAGCAUUAGCAUUGAUAGCAUUGGGGUUGUGAGCAUUGGGAGUGUUCACAUUGACCGUGUUAGCAUUAGUGUUGUUAGCAUUAGCUUUGUUAGAAUUGGCAGUGUUAGCAUUGGGAGUGUUCGCAUUGGCGGUGUUAACAUUGACGGUGUUAGCAUUAGCGUUGUUAGCAUUGUUAGCAUUAGCGUUGUUAUAAUUGGCAGUGUUCGCAUUGGCGGUGUUAACAUUGACGGUGUUAGCAUUAGUGUUGUUAGCAUUAGCUUUGUUAGCAUUGGCAGUCUUAGCAUUGGCGGUGUUAACAUUGACGGUGUUAGCAUUAGCAUUUUUAGCAUUCGCGUUAUAAUUGGCAGUGUUCCCAUUGGCAGUGUUAGCAUUGGGAGUGUUCACAUUGACGUGUUAGCAUUAGCGUUGUUAGCAUUAGCGUUGCUAGCAUUGGGAGUGUUCACAUUGACGGUGUUAGCAUUAGCGUUGUUAGCAUUGACAGUGUUAGCAUUGGUAGUGUUUGCAUUGGCAGUGUUAGCAUUGGCAGUGUUCGCAUUGACGGUGUUAGCAUUAGCGUUGUUAGCAUUAGUGUUGUUAGCGUUAGCGUUGUUAGCAUUGGGAGUGUUCGCAUUGGCGGUGUUAACAUUGACGGUGUUAGCAUUAGCGUUGUUAGCAUUAGCAUUGUUAGCAUUAGCGUUGUUAUAAUUGGCAGUGUUAGCAUUGGCAGUGUUAGCAUUGGCAGUGUGAGCAUUGGGAGUGUUCACAUUGACGUGUUAGCAUUAGUGUUGUUAGCAUUAGCUUUGUUAGCAUUGGCAGUGUUAGCAUUGGCGGUGUUAACAUUGGCAGUGUUAGCAUUGGGAGUGUUCACAUUGACGGUGUUAGCAUUAGCGUUCUUAGCAUUAGCUUUGUUAGCAUUGACAGUGUUAGCAUUGGCAGUGUUAACAUUGGUAGUGUUAACAUUGGCAGUGUUAGCAUUGGCAGUGUUCGCAUUGACGGUGUUAGCAUUAGCGUUGUUAGCAUUAGCGUUGUUAGCAUUGGCAGUGUUAGCAUUGACAGUGUUAACAUUGGCAGUGUUCGCAUGAACGGUGUUAGCAUUAGCGUUGUUAGGAUUAGUGUUGUUAGCAUUAGUGUUGUUAGCAUUGGCAGUGUUAACAUUGGCAGUGUUAGCAUUGGGAGUGUUCAC